UCUCGCCUCGGGAUGUGAUGGGUGAUAGGAGAGGCGGACCACCUUGGCAUUGGUUGCCAAUGUGAAUUUCUCGUAUUUUCAUUUGAUUGGUAGGGUUAAUGCUUUUCAGAUGACCGGUCAGGUUAACUUGUGACUUGUUUAUCAUCACUGACAGGCGGAUGGACAAAUGCGAGAUUCAAAGUACAGGCGCCUUUUUGUAAAUCAAAGACGAGGCUGUCGAAAGACUUUCAACAAUGAUUGCGGUUUUUGCACUGAUUUCAGUUGUUGGUGCUGCCAGCAUCAAUCAGCACGGACAGCCAGUUCCUAUGGAAUUAGUUACCAAAAUCGGCCAAAUCUUUCACGACAUGGACGUUAAUGGAGACUUCUUCAUCUCCAAAGAUGAAAUCUCCCUCUUCUUCACUGGCUAUGACCAAGAUAUGAAUGGCAUUGAUCUCAGCGAAUUCAAGCAGUCGUGGGACUACAAGGACACCGAUUCACAAAAGGAGCACAAUUUCAAUCAGAUGGAUAAAAACGCUGACGGUGUCCUGACUGAUUAUGACCUUGCGUUAAUCUUUUUAACUGCCGAUACAAACCAAGACGGAGUCAUUGAUUUUAACGAAUUCGACAUAUUCAUGAGAGCAUCCGUCUACAACAACAUUUCUUAGAGAACACCACACCAAACACAAAGAAACAAUAAAAAAGUCAUUACCUAGAA